ACUCUCGUCUUCUUCUCUCACCAUCUCUCGCUCCACCGUUCUUCCACGACCUUCUCUCCUAUAACCCUACUUAAUACGCCCAAUUCCUUCUAGAACUUGCACAUACUUCUUCUCUAAAAGCUUCACUAUUACUAUCCGCCAAAAUGCCUGAGAUCAACACCCUCCUGUUCGACUGCGACAACACCCUCGUCCUCUCUGAGGAGCUUGCCUUUGAGGCUUGCGCUGGUCUCAUCAACGAGAUCUGCGAGUCUCGCAAGGUUGACAUGCGAUUCACUGGCGAGACUCUCAUCAAGGAGUUCGUUGGCCAAAACUUCCGUGGCAUGCUCACCACCCUCCAAAAGAACUACAACAUCGACAUUUCCGCCGAAGACCUCGAAUCCUACGUCCGAAAGGAGGAAGACGCCGUCAUCGCCAAGCUCAAGGAGGCCCUCAAGCCUUGCGUUGGUGUCGAUGAGCAGCUCGAGAAGCUUGCUGCUUCCGGAAAGUACACAAUGUCUGUUGUCUCAUCCUCUGCUCUUCGACGAGUUCGCGCUUCCAUCGAGAAGGUCGGCCAGGACAAGUACUUCCCUGGCGACGUUGUCUUCUCUGCUGCCACAAGUCUCGAGAAGCCUACCAGCAAGCCUGACCCCGCCAUCUACCUCCAUGCUCUUGAGAAGCUCGGCAAGAAGGCCGAGGAGGCAGUUGCCAUUGAGGACAGCAAGAGCGGUACUCUCAGCGGUACCCGUGCUGGAAUCAAGGUCAUUGGCUACGUCGGUCCUUAUGCUGAGGACAAGCAGGCCGAGAUGGAACAGGUCUUGCGCGAUGCUGGUGCUGUGGUCAUCAUGCGUGACUGGUCCGAGUUCCCCGCUGCUCUGCAAAAGAUUGAGGCUGGUGAGGUUUAGAUGAGAGAAGAGUUUGUUGCUAUGACAAUCUACUUUGAGGAAUACCCAAAUUUACAUAUAAGCCAUAUAGCGAGAGGGAUGUUCAGGAUAACAAAGUCCUGCUUAACUAAUGCAGUUUUG